AUGAGCGCCGAAAAGCAGGUCAAGAAGAAUCCCAUGCGCCAGCUCAAGAUUGAGAAGCUUGUGCUCAACAUUUCCGUGGGUGAAUCGGGUGAUAGACUUACCCGUGCUGCCAAGGUGCUUGAACAAUUGACUGGUCAAACUCCCGUUUACUCCAAGGCUCGUUACACUGUCCGUACCUUUGGCAUUCGUCGUAACGAAAAGAUUGCCGUUCACGUUACUGUUCGUGGCCCCAAGGCUGAGGAAAUCUUGGAACGUGGUUUGAAGGUCAAGGAAUAUGAACUUCGUGCUCGCAACUUCUCUGAGACUGGUAACUUUGGUUUCGGUAUCGACGAACACAUUGAUUUGGGUAUCAAGUACGAUCCUUCCAUUGGUAUCUACGGUAUGGACUACUUUGUUGUCAUGGGUCGCCCUGGCUACCGUAUCGCCCGCCGCAAGCACCAAAAGAGCACCGUUGGCUUCAACCACCGUAUCAAGAAGGAGGAGACCGUUGAAUGGUUCAAGAGCCGAUUCGAUGGUAUCGUCUUGAACAAAUAA